UAAUUUCCCACAAGGAGAGUUUUAAUUAAGGUCACCACCCAUCUCAAUGGAUAAAGCAAGCAUCAAUCUUUCAAACUGCAAAAAGUUUGCUUCAAUCACUGUUCAGGAGGCUAAACAAGAGAUAAGGUUGGUCAUUGGUGUUGAUGAAGAAGUUCGAAAGCUUGAAGGCAAUCUCCGAACUAUCCAGGCGGUGCUUGACGAUGCUGAGAAAAGACAGCUGAUGGAUGGAGCUGUCAAGCUUUGGUUAAAAAGGCUCAAAGACGUAUCCUACGAGAUGGACAAUGUACUGGACGAGUGGAACACUGCAAUGAUCAAAUCAGAAAUUGAAAAACAAGAAAAAGCUGAAAGCUCCCCUAUUCUAAAGAAGAAGGUAUGCUCUUUCAUCCCUUCCUCUUUGUGUUUUUUUCGUCAAUUUAAAAAACUUGGUUUGCGUCACGAUAUUGCUCACAAAAUAAAAGAACUGAGUGAAAACUUAGAUGAGCUUCACAAAGAGAGUGCCAGGUUCGGGUUUAGGAUUUUCUUGAAUAGGGAUACUGAAGUAGUUGCUCGACCAAAAACUACCUCCCUUAUUGAUGUGUCUAAAAUAUGUGGUCGUGAUGAGGAAUGGAGUGAGCUAGUGAGCAACCUCUUGGGCAAGGGUAGCCAAGAAGAAAAGAGCCCCCAUGUCAUCUCCUGA